AUGAUUUUGCUGCGCCUGCUCCUCCUGCUGGCCCUGUGCGGGGCCGCGCACGGCACACCGGGCAAGUGCGGAGAGAGCUGCGGGCUCUGGCCCAUGCGCUCCACCACGCGCAUUGUGGGUGGCAUUGAUGUCCAGCCAGGAAUCGGAGCCUGGGCUGGGAUAGUCAGCAUUCGGAGUGUAUACACAGAAGAAUGGACUACGCAUGUCUGUGGAGGGACCCUCAUCAGGCCAGAGUGGGUCCUCACAGCUGCUCACUGCUUCGUGAAUCAAACAACUCCCCUCAAUGAGUGGGCUGUGGUGGCUGGGGCCACCAAGAUUGGUGAGAUGGGUCCUCACGUGCAAGUGCGUCGGAUCAAGAAGGUGUACCUUCACGAGCUCUACGAUGGCCGCAUCCAUUAUGACAUCGCUGUGAUGGAACUGCAGCAGCCCAUGGAGUGCACUCCCUCCAUUCAGCUCGCUUGUGUGCCAGGUCCCACCGUCAGGGUGUUGUCUCAAAACUGCUACAUCGCUGGCUGGGGUGACACCUAUGCAAAAACUCUAGGUCCAAACCCAAUUGUCCUGAAGCAGAGCGGGGCGCUCCUCAUUGAUAUCCGGCUUUGCAACAGCAGCGACUGGUAUGGAGGGAAAAUCAAAGACUACAAUUUGUGUGCUGGUUACCCAGAGGGUGGCAUGAGCACCUGCCAGGGUGACAGCGGGGGGCCUCUCAUCUGCCAAGAUAGCAAAGAGGACUUCUUCUGGGAAGUUGGUCUGACCAGCUGGGCAAUAGGUUGUGCCAGAGCCAAAAAUCCUUCAGUCUUUAUCUCCACUCAGUACUUCUACAACUGGAUCACGGAAAAAAUAGGCCAUAGCCCAGGAGCAGCACCUGUUCCAGCACCCUGUCCGUUCCCACGGAAGAAGCUGCUGCAAUUCUUUGAUCUGCUGAAGGAGCUCUUGAAGUUCCUAAAGGCAAAACCAGCUUGAGCAGGGGGAUGAGCAGGUUGCAGUGCAGGCUGUAGUGCGCCACAACCACUUCCUUCUGGGACAAUGCCUCCUGAUCCAAAGGCAGCCCUGGUGCCAAAGGCCUGCUCUGUCCUGCCCAUGCUCCUCCUUUGUGUGCAUGCAAAUGCUGACUUUGACCUAAUUGUUGUUGAAAUAAAGUUACCUAUUUUCACAGUUAA